GCUCCAGUAAUUUUCCCCGCUCCAUUCCCAGGCAUCGCUGUACUUUCCUUCCAGGGAAGAUUGUUCCGCUUGUGAUCCUGCUGAGGAAAGAGACUCCGAUGGACUUACACCGGGCAGCGUUCAAGAUGGAGAACUCACCCUACCUCCCCAACCCGCUGGCCUCCCCAGCACUGAUGGUUCUCGCCUCCACCGCCGAAGCCAGCCGUGAUGCUUCCAUUCCCUGCCAGCAGCCGAGGCCUUUUGGGGUCCCCGUGUCAGCAGAUAAGGACGUGCAUAUUCCCUUUACCAAUGGCUCAUACACUUUUGCCUCCAUGUAUCACCGGCAAGGUGGGGUGCCCGGAGCGUUUGCAAACCGUGACUUUCCUCCGUCCUUGCUUCACCUCCACCCCCAGUUUGCACCCCCCAACCUGGACUGCACCCCAAUCAGUAUGUUGAACCACAGCGGCGUUGGGGCUUUCCGCCCCUUUGCAUCUACUGAAGACCGGGAGAGCUACCAGUCAGCCUUUACGCCGGCCAAGCGACUGAAAAACUGCCAUGACACUGACUCACCCCAUCUGCGCUUCUCGGACGCUGAUGGGAAGGAGUACGAGUUUGGCACGCAGCUCCCCUCCAGCUCCCCCGGCUCCCUCAAAGUUGAUGAUACGGGGAAGAAGAUCUUUGCCGUUUCUGGCCUCAUUUCUGACCGGGAGACCUCAUCCAGUCCAGAAGACCGAAGUGACAGAUGCAAAAAGAAAGCAACUUUGUUUGACAGCCAGGCCCUGAUCUGCCCCAUCUGCCAGGUCCUCCUUCGCCCCGGGGAGUUGCAGGAGCACAUGGAGGAAGAGCUGGAGAAGCUCACCCAGCUGAACAUCAGCAAGAGCUCCAUCCUGAAGGAUGCCAUGGCAGCGGGCACCCCCAAGUCAAUUUUGUUGUCGGCCUCGAUCAAGCGGGAAGGAGAUUCUCCAACAGCAUCACCCCACUCCUCAGAUGACAUCCAUCACUCGGACAGAUACCAGCAAACUGACUGGUGA